AUGGCAAACAAGAGCUCGGCAGUGGCGGACGAGCCCAUUGAGGUUCUGUUCGCCCUGCAACCCAACUUCGACCUUCUCGACAUGGCAGGUCCAAUGGAGGCCUUGACCACCGCCCUUCAUGAUCAGAAGGACAAGAACUCGAAGGCCUUCGAGUGUACCAUCGCGGCCGCAGAGCCCAAGGUCGUCUCCGACUCUGGCGUCACCAUUGGCACCCAAAUCUCCUUUAAGGACGCCUACGAGCGUCUCAGUGACUUUGACGUUCUCGUCAUUGUUGGCGGCGGCAGCGAAACCGUCCUCAAGGCUAACGCCGAGCCCCUCCCCCUCAUCCAGGCCUUUUCCGAGCUGCAGCAGACGGACCCCACCCACGAGCGCACGCUUCUUUCUGUCUGCACUGGUGCCCUCUUCCUUGCUAAGCAGGGCAUCCUCGCCGGCCUGUCGGCCACGACCCACUCAGACUACAUUACCAAGUUCGAGAUUCUCUGCAGUGAAGCCGCUACCCGCAACCUGACCGAGCGAACCGACGUGAUCGACGAUGCUCGAUACGUCGUCAACAACUUGCGCUUCGACCUUGGAGACGAGGACGAGAACCCGUAUGUCCGCCGCAAGUCAGACACUGGCCGCCGACCCUCCAAUGCCAGAAAGGGCAGCAUGUCCUUCAAGAGCUCUGGCCGCCGCGAGUCCAUUACUCGCCGCGCCGCGAUGCGCCUGGGUGGUCUCCGUGUCAUUACGGCGUCUGGAAACAGCGCUGGUGUGGAUGCAGCUUUGUAUCUCAUCAGCGCUCUCGUCGAUGACGCGUCGGCCGAGGAGGUCGCUCGCACGAUGAACUGGACCUGGAACAAGGGCGUCGUUGUUGACGGCCUCGAUGUCUAA